GUAACUGCAGCCUUGCCACAUCAUUUCUGUCUGCUCGGUGGAUUUGCCUGUCCGUGUAGUUGUUUGUCAGCCACUUUCUUUAUGUCUGAUAAAAUGAAAUUAUUGAGACACGGCUCUUGAUAGAUUAGGUUAUAUUUUCAGGAAUUCGGCGUUUCAAAUGGUGUGGAAUCGGGGCUGUUUUAGAGCCGUAUUGAAGGAUUAUCUGUGAUGAUAUUGCUGAGCAGCCGAUCUUCACAUGACAGCGGCUGGGAUGAUGAAGACGGCGGCGUAAAUUUUGCCUACUGAGAAAUACAAGAUAAUUCGCGACGGGUGAAUGAACUGCCGAUUUCUCUUUAUUUAGAAAAUAAUGAUUAUAUCAAUGACUGAAUUUAGACUUCAUAUUCUUGGAUCGGGAUUUCCUAUUGCAGAAUGGCAACGCAAAUCAGCAUAACCACAUGCGGACUCUGCGUAGACAAGGACCCAAUUAUCAUCCCUGCAAACAUUUUGCUUCCUGUAUGAAAGAAGAGUUGUGCUCCGUUUAAUAUAGUUUACAUAAUUGUUUUGCACAUGUAGAGCACCUUGUAGUACUACUUGUACGUUACCUCCUGUUACAAUGCGCAACGUUAUAUGAAGGUUUGCUGAUCGGAGCUUGCUGUUUGUUAGCCUGUCCCCAUCCUCGAGAGUCAGUGAUGAGAUUUUUUUUUACGGACACGUCGCAACGGAACUACUGACUCAAACUUUUACUGCGCAUCAUAAUUUUUUGCGUAUAUAGAUGCUGUGAUAUUUUUGUAUUUAUUUUCCAAUUCUGCAGUAACGCUGCUUGCUGGUCUUCUUGCACUGAAAAAAAAAGAAAACAAAUAGCACUUUGAAUUGUAUGUUGUAGACAUAGAGCGUAUUUAUUAAUUUAUAUAAAGUUUUUUAUUCAUAUUUAUGGGGACUACCUGAAGUAUAGUAUUUUUUGAAAAAGUAAACCACAGAUACAAGCCACUUUAUCUCAUUGCCCAUUCCAUAGCAAACCAGCUUGAAUACAAGCCAACACUGAUUGUAGUUGAGUGACCGUGAGUCAGAUGUUAGUGAAAUGAAGGAUCUGUGUAGGAUCUGCGCUCGCGAGCUAUGCGGGAACCAGCGGCGCUGGAUUUUCCACCCGGCCUCCAAGCUGAACCUGCAGGUGCUGCUUUCUCAUGCCCUGGGCUGGGAGCUCACCCGUGACGGCAAGGGUGAGUUCGCCUGCAGCAAGUGCACCUUCAUGCUGGACCGCAUGUACCGCUUCGACACGGUCAUCGCCCGCGUGGAAGCCCUGUCCAUCGAGCGCCUGCAGAAGCUGCUCCUGGAGAAGGACCGGCUCAGGCAGUGCAUCGGCGGCCUGUACCGCAAGAACAACGGCGAGGACCCCGCGGCCCGGCCGGCGACGGACGGCAGCAAGGCCGCCGACUGCACGGUGGACAUCUCCGGGCUGCACGACGCCCGGUACAACGCCCUGCUCCAGGAGGACCUCACCUACUCGGUGUACGAGUCGUGGGCGGAGCACGAGGAGCAGACCGUGGAGGCGCACCAGCAGCACCACUGCCACCUGUCGGAGGCGUCGGGCCCGCACCGGUCCAGGAGGUGCCGGGGCUGCGCGGCGCUGCGCGUGGCCGACUCGGACUACGAGGCCGUCUGCAGGGUGCCCAGGAAGCUGGCCCGGAGCACUUCCUGCGGGCCCUCCACCCGCUACUCGGCCAGCGUGCAGGGCAGCGUGUGCAGCGAGGAGCCCUCGGGCGCCGCCACGCUGGUACCCGAGUCGCUGCCGGCCACGUCCGAGAGCGACCGCACCCUGAUGGACACCGACCAGGAGAGGGCCAGCGCCGGCUCCUCCGUGGAGUCCCUGGAGGUGGACGCGGCCCGGGCGGCCUCCGGAGAGGGGGAGGCGGACGCGGACGGGGACGGGGACGCCAGGGAGGACCAGAAGUCCGAGUCGCUGUCGGAGGAGCACGUGUGCCCGCGGGGCGGUAAACUGGACCUGGCGCUGGUCCUGGCGCGGAGCUGCGAGUACAGGCCCGUGCGGACCCUGCGUGGGAGCAGGCUGCCAGUCCUGGUCAAGCCCGUCUCCCCGGAGAGCGUGUCCUUCUCCGAGCCGGGCCUCCGGACCCCCUACGGCGGGGGCUGCGAGUCCGGCACCUGCUUCCCCGAGCUGGGGCCCCCCCGCAUCCAGCCGGACCUGCAGCUGGAGCUGGCCGAGCUGGGGCCCCCCCGCAUCCAGCCGGACCUGCAGCUGGAGCUGGCCGAGCUGGCCGAGCUGGAGGAGCUGUGGCAGGACGCCUACGUGGAGUACAGGCCCUUCGGCUUCCGCCAGAAUCUGAUCGAGGAGCAGCAGACUCAGCUCAACCAGUAUGAGUGUGCAACCGGUCAGUGUGUCAAUGAACUGCAGAAGGCCCAACUCCAGGUGCAGUCCUUGCAGGCCAAGAUCCAGGAGAGCGAGACCAACAACAGGAAACUGCAGGAGAAGCUGUAUGAGAUGGAGGCGGAGCUUUGCUCCGUCAGGCAAGCUGCUCAGCAGCAGGAGCGCACCAUCCAGGGCCUGACUGACUCCAUCAGCUCCAAGAGCAGCGAGGCGGAAGAACUGCUCCGUGUCAUCGAGGGGCAGAAAGGCAUGCUGUGCAAGCUGAAGGAGACGGUCAGUCGCUACCAGCUGGAGACCCUGCAGGGGUCCAUGGCAGAGCCUCCAGCCCUGCAGGCGGAGCUCCUGGCCCUGCAGAGCUCUCUCUUCUCCACCCAGCUGGAGAUGCAGGGCAGCCAGAGGGCCCAGCGGCAGGGCCAGCGGCAGGCCAUCGACCUCGCUCGCGCCCGCGACCGCCUCCAGAGCGACCUGCAGGAGGCGCUGCGGCACGGGGAGGCCACCGAGAAGCACAACCAGGAGAUGCGCAGUGCUCUGAAGCAGGCAGGGGCUGACCUGCAGGAGAGGGAGGGGCAGCUGAAGGAGCAGGAGAGACAGAGGCAGAUGGAGGUGGAGGCACGAGAUAAGACCAUCCAGCAGCUGAGGGGAGCCCUGCAGGACAAACAGCAGCUACUGCAGGAGUAUUCAGAGCUCCUGGAGCAGCAGCAGGAUCCCAGUCAGACCCGAGACGCCAUGCUGGACAAGCUGAAGAGCCGCAUUAAGGACAGAGACCGAGCCUUGGAGCGCUCCAUCGAUGAGAAGUUCCGCUGUCUGGAGGAGAAGGACGGCGACGUGCGGAGGCUGCAGCUGGCCCUCAGGGAGAAGGAGAUGGACCAGGAGAAACUGCGCUGCGUCCUGUCCAGCAACGAGGAGACCAUCUUGCACCUGGACAGGCUGGUCCAGGGGAAGGAGCUGCAGCUGGAGCAGAUGUCCACGGUGAGCAGGAACGUGCAGCAGCUGAAGCUGGAUGUGGAGGAGAGACUGGGCCGCAGCCUGAGGGAGAGAGACUCCAUCAUCAGCCAGCUGCAGGCCUCCCUGCAGACACACAGCAAGGAGGCGCAGGACCUGCGGGCCGCGCUGCUCAGUAAAACUCCAGGGGGCAGCGCUGGGCUGGUGGAGGGGCUGAGGCUGCAGCUGCAGCUGAAGGAGCGCCUGUUCCAGCAGCUUCUGUCUGACCGCAGCGCUCAGGCCCAGCAGCACCAGGCCGAGGUGCAGGAGCUGCUCCACACUGUCAGCACCAGGGACCAGGGCCUCCAGGAUUCUGCAGCCCGCCUCAGUCAGGUGAUCAGCCAGCAGACGGAGCAGCUGCAGGAGCUGCGCAGGCAGCUGGGCUCUAAGGAGCGGGAGGUGAGGGAGCUGAACAGGGAGAAGGAGCAGCAGGGCUGGGACCCGCACCUGGAGAUCAGCCGCCUGCGGAGCCAGCUGCAGGAGAAGGAGGCCUUCAUCCAGGAGCUCAUGCAGGACGGCCCGCAUUGCCAAGAGGAGCCCAUGAUCACGUCCAGGCCCACAGAGGAGGCAGCAGGAGCAGGGAGCAGGAGGCAGGAGGGGCUGGGUACACAGAGGGACGUCCAGGCUGUGCAGGACGAGCUCCAGCUGGUGCUGCGGAAGGAGAGGGAGGCCCAGCUGGAACUGUCCACCCUGCGGUCCGCGCUGGCCAAGGACAAGGAGGAGAUGCAGACCCAAGCCGCGGAACUGGAGGCCCUCACCAGGAGUGUGCACAUCAAGGAACAGCUCAUAAAGGACCUUCAGACCCAGCUGGUGGAGCCCUCUGGAUUGCCUCUGGUGGAGAGGCUGACCCAGGAGCUUCAGGAGCUGAGAGAAACUGUGGCUAAGCAGGACCCCUCCACCCCCGAUCCCCAGAACGUUUUGGGGCAGCUGGUUUCAGACUACAGCAGACUGAAUGAUGCCCUGAAAACAGAGAAGCAGCUCUACCACAACCUGACACAGGUCCACUCUGGUAAAGACAGCUCUGAGAAGAACCGGAUCCUGCAGGUGGAGCUGGGCAAAGUUCAGGCGCUGCGGGGACAGCUCGAGGACGUCCUGCGGAGGGUUCGAGACUCCGCCCUGGCACCGCAAAGAGCGGCAAAGAUCCAGGCUGACUUAGGAGAGCUAAGCGUAGAGGAGGAAGACGACGAUGAUGAUGACAGCAGUGAAUACACAGACAGCAUCGAGGAAGAAGAGAAUGCUAAUCUAACAGCUCAAACCUUGGCCUGCUCACAGAACGUUCGACUCACCAGUGAAAACAGAGCCGGAGGUCUGGAGGGAAGUAUGCUAUCCCAGCAUACAGUGGAGGAUGGGAAAGCCCUGGCAAAGGUGCAGCAGCUCCUGGAGCAGAAGAAGAUAGUGGAGCGUGAGCUGGGAGAGCUGAAGUUCCAGCUGGAGAAAGCCGGAUACACUUCUCUGUCUCAGAUGAGGACAGCGCUGCUAAGCCUGCGCAUGCAGACAGACGAGCUGCAGGAACAGAAGCAACGGGUGACGUGGAGGAGUCGGGAGAAGGGAGAGGCAGGCGGGCUCCAGCAGAGCUGCACCCCUGAGAACGGGCUGGAGGAGGAGGAGGAGGAACACUGGUCAAUAACAGCAGAAGUGACGGAGGGUGGCCGCGAGCUGGACCUCGCGCAGGCCAAAGGCAGCGCCCCCUGCAUGCAGCUGCGAGAAGAACAGGAGAAGAGGAGGUGCUCCCGGCCUCGGUCACUUGACCUGGGGACUCUGCUGCUGCAGCAUGCUGAACAACCCUGCACACAGUCGGCAGACCCGGAGGAAGGCGAGGGCGGGUUCUGGCAGCACAUGGAGGCGGGGCUACGGGAGAAGACGCUGCAGCUGCACUCAGACCUGGCCCUGAGCCGACAGGAGAGCCGAGAUCUGCAGGAGAGACUGAUGGUGUCAGAGGCCACAGUGCAGGCUCAGGCAGAGCAACUGAAGGACUACAGAGAGCUGCUCUCGGAGUCCUCAGUGCAGCAGGACAGUAAGCAGGUUCAGGUGGACCUGCAGGACCUGGGCUAUGAAACCUGCGGCCGCAGUGAAAACGAGGCUGAGAGGGACGGCGCCAGCAGCCCAGAGUUCGAUGACCUUGAAAUGUGCACAGCCCUGUCCAGGCUGGACUGCGCGUCAGAGUGGUGGUCAGGGAAUUCUGGGAAGUGCGCGGACGCGGCGUCCCUGCGGCAGCACGUGGACGACCUGCGCGCCCAGCUCUCGCGCUCACGGGCGACCAUCCGCAGCCUGCAGAGCCGCGUGCGCUCGCUCUCCGUCACCAGCGACUACGCCUCCAGCCUGGAGCGCCCCCGCAAGGUCAACUGGGGCUUCCAGGCCUCGCCCGCCCACAGCGGCCCGGAGGAGGACGAGGGCUGGCAGUCGGACGGCCUGGGCACCCCCUGGGCCCCGCAGAGCCAGGAGCUGCGGGAGCUGGUGACCCGCGUGGCCUCCCUGGAGAACCAGCUGAGAAGCUCCCGGCCGGAGGGCAAGAAGAGCGCCGAGGACGCCAAGUCUGCGACCCAGCCGGGGAAGUUUGACUCGCUGAUCCAGGCGCAGGCCCGCGAGCUCUCUCUCCUGCGGCAGCGGAUGCGCGAGGGCCGGGGGGCGUGCCACGUCCUGACGCAGCACCUGGGCGACACCACCAAAGCCUUCGAGGAGCUGCUGCGCGCCAACGACAUCGACUACUACAUGGGCCAGAGCUUCCGCGAGCAGCUGGCGCAGAGCAGCGCGCUGGCCGAGCGCAUCAGCGCCAAGAUCAGCGGCCGGGACCACUCAGAACUCCCAGAUGACAAAACGGGUCACGAGUUGCUGGCUUUAAGGCUGAGCAAAGAGCUCCAACAGAAAGACAAGAUCAUCGAGUCGCUUCGCUCCAAGCUUAAGCAGGAGCGCCCAGACACCCCCUCCAGCAGCCACGCCUUGUCCGAGACCACCGACCAAUCCGACCGGACCUCCUUUGUGUCAGACGAGCAGGGCUCCAUCCAUGAGGACCUGGACCUGUGUUCGGACGUGGAUGCGACCAGCGAGUACUCCCAGGAGGGACAGCCCAGUCCCAAGCGACAGACCCAAACAGAUUCUCACUGUCACGGCGGCACCACCCCAAAGCACUCAUCUAUCCCAUCAUCCAGCACUGCCUCGCAUGGGGCUCAGUCCACCAUCAACUGUCCCAGCAAGCCAUGUACACAGCACAAGCCCAUGGACAGUCCAGGACAGAAAGGCCUCCCCCCUGGACCCGUGUCCAGCUCUCUCCCUCCCCCCCAGACCCUCUACUGCCCUGACCUCUCAGGUCAGAGGGCGCCCUUGCUCCUUGACCCUCACUCUGCCCUCCUGCGUCCGGGUUACCAUGGCGCCGGGGCCUUCUCCCUGGCGGAGGUUCACCAGGAGCUGCAGAUGCUUCAGAGACAGCUGGGGGAGAGUGAACGCUUUGCUGUUCCACACCCCCACGUCAAGCCCCUGUCCGGUUUCCCGCUGGCCGGCCACGCCCAUCCGAAUCCUGGCGGUUACGUGCCCCUGUCCCACCACGCAUUCCCUCAGCCUCAGUUUAGCACUCCCGGUGCAAGCUCCACACUGAAGGCAGAUGCGAGUCUGCUGGAGAGCAGUGCAUUGUGGGAUAUGGCACACAUUUCACGGCCGAUCAGAACCAGCGCUUACGGUGAUGUCUCUUCGGGAUCUUCGGGAUAUCAGUCUGGCACCAGCCACACAGGAACUGACCUCAUUGAGGAACACCUGAAAGAGAUCCGCAGUUUGCGCCAGCGCCUGGAGGACUCCAUCCAAACCAACGACCGGCUAAGGCAGCAGCUGGAGAGCAGGCUGGGGACCACAGGUCGGGAAGGCGGUGCGCCCACUAACAUCUACAUCCAGGGACUGGACUCUGUCAGCCAGCUGUCCAAUGAGAACAGAGCCCUGAAGGAGGAGAAUCUGGGCCUUCACGCUCGACUCCAGCAGAACAACAGAGACAAAUGUAAGGAGGCGGAGCAGCUGCGGGAGGUGGUGCUGGCGGCGCGGGUGCGUCUGAAGCAGGCGGAGCUGGAGGCGGAGCAGUGGAGGGAGGAGAGCAGGCGUCUGCAGGCGCGCGGCUGUGAGCAGGCCCAGGAGAUCCAGCAGCUGCGGCAGGACCGGCACGGCGCCCAGGAGUGCACCAACAGGCUCCAGCACCAGGUGAACCUGCUCCAGCAGCAACUGUCUGAGAGCCGGCAGCUCCUGCAUUCGCUGCAGUGCGAGCUGCAGGUGUACGAGCGAGUGCGUGGAGCCGCCACGAACCCUCACGCAGUGGGGUGCGAAGUGGAGGAGAACCUCUCCUCCCGGGAGCUCAGGGAUCUGUUAUCAGAGGUGCGCAGUCUGCGUGCGCAGCUGGAACACAGCGUGAAGGAGAACAGCUCCCUGCGCGCGCAGCUGGAGAAGCAGCUGGGUAGAGGCGUGGCCCAAGGCGAGGCCCACCCCUCCAGCACCCAGCAUGACAACAGUUGCCGGAAGCAGCUCUUCCAUGAUCCCGCCCCUUCUCCACCUGUCCGAGACACUGGCCUCUUCACCCCUGGAUCCACUUACUCUGGGUUCUCCAAGGUCACAGAGCUGGAUGAUCCAGAAGCCGCGGCUAAUGGCGUCUCGAAGGCCCACCCGGCGCUGGAAGGAGGGGCGCCAGACGGCUCGUUUGCCAGCAGGAAGGGGCGGCACACCAUCGGGCACGUGGACGACUUCAGAGCCCUGCAGCAGCAGAUCCUGGAGGGGAAGGUGCUGGUUCACAAGAUGGAGACGGUGCUGCAGGCCACGCUCAGCGCCGCCCUGCUGGAGUACGGCUCGGCGAAGGCCCUGGACUACAGCAACAUGGACACCCUCCUGUCCAACUCCAAGACCCUGGGCCAGAUCCUGGACGAGGCCGCCUCCCUCCUCAAGAUGUUCUGGAGGGCUGCUCUUCCCAGCAGUGAGCUCUCCGCUCAGCGCACCAAGAAGGAGCAGUCCAUGAAGGAGGAGAUCAAGCGGCUGAGGCUGAGGGUCACGGAGCAGGAGGAACUGCUGCAGGAAACCGUGGAGAAGCUGCGGAGCUCUAACCGCACCAAGCAGGGCAUGGAGCACUUCAUCGUCAGCCAGCUGUCAAGAACACGUGAUGUCCUGAAAAAAGCUAGAGCAAAUUUGGAGAAGAAUGAGCACAGGAUUUCCUCCCUAAGCUCCUCCUCUUCCUCCCCCUGUUCUGGUGAAAUCCCAAGACGCUCCUGUGAACCCCCUCCUGACUGGGGUUUCGUGAGCCCACGACCCCCCAAGCCCACCAGAGGAGGACCCAGCCAGCGGAGCGCUGACAAGCACAGCACACAGCACCAGCUUCAGGUCGCCACGAGUUAGCCAGCAGGUUCAGAAAUCACCAUCUCAGUUCAACACUGGCAUUAUCCUUAAUUCAAAGGGAAACAACAUGUCUUUUUAAAAUGGUCUGAACCCCCUCAGAAAUUAUUGUUGGCUAUCACGGAGACGUUCACAGAGUAAAAGGUUUUGACUAGCGAGCAUUAGACAGGCUUUAGAGAUCACCUCUCCAGGCCUGUUUCUGAUUGUUUCUGUCACCAGACAGGAUAUGGACUGGUAGCAUGCUGUGUAGCUUAAUGUUGCUAUGCACCUUAUGAAACAAGCCAUACUGUAAUGAUAACUAACCGACCUGUUCCUUUUGUCCACCCAUCCUGCUGCCUUUGAAGAGCAUUCUUCACACUCAUAACUAUUGGUGAAGAUGUUUUAAGGUUUUAAUAUUUAAGUUCUCUUAUUGCUGAGAGAGUGUCUUCUGAAAUACCAGGGACAAAGUAUUUGGGCACAGAAGAUUAAUAUAUACACUUAUUUAUUAUUUUAGCUCCUCUCUGAAUGACUGAGUGGUUUUCCAGCCAUUUCAAAGCAUUCUGAAUUGAGGAAAGAACAAUGUGUGUUCAACACUAGAAUGAACUAUUCUUGAUGAAUAAGUGCAAUAAGAGCUGUGCACUACAGCAGCUUCACCUAACAGUGAAACUACACUUUUACUGCACAAGGCUAAAGACCAUCAGUGCAAUACUAGUGCAAUACUACUGACUGGACAUCCGUCACAAAUCAGAUGUUCAGUUCUAGCAGCGUCACAUGGGGAGGUAAUGAAAGGACAAUACAAUCAAUUCAUCAACAGGGAUCAUCAACCCUGCCAAAGUUUAACCCCUUGUGUGGCAGUGUAAAAAUAUUAAAAUGUGUCCAAAGAGAUCCGUCUUAUUAUAAAGAAUAGCAAAAAUCUCCUGCAACUUAUUUCAGACGAUGGCUGAAAACUUCUGAGAGAAAAAUUGGAUUAUUUAAAUCUAAAAAGCAACCAAAGUAGUAAAGUGGCUAAAGUGGUGCUUUCUAACCACAGAUGCUUUGGUUCCUUUUGGUUGGUUGCUGUUUAAUGACUAAUUUCUUUAAAAACUACGUAAUAUGCUUUGCAAUUGAAUUUAAGGGAGAUAGUUGAAAUAAACAGGGAAACAAAUUAUAUUUUUAAAUUUUGUUUUUACACAGGUUUGAUUUAACACAGACAUGUAAUGUCUAUUGAGGGUUACCUGUUAGUUUUGGUGGCAUCUUUUCAAGUUGUUCACAUUGGACGAAUGGCCUAAGCUAACCUUGCCUGAAGGCUUUUUUCCAGGUAGUGAACUACCUAAAUACCAUCUCUGUAUGUACCUUGCGAUGAGGCCAGUCACAAAGCUUUUGCAAUCAAUAAUGUUGUACUACCAUUCAGUGGCAAUGGUGUUUUGGGGGGAAAAUAGCCCCCAAACCAAAACAUUUAUGAAAAUAAUGCAAGGUUUCUGAUGUCUGUUUAAUGUAUUAAAUAUUUUUUAUUCUGAUUUGCAUAACAUUCCUGUUAUCACAGAAAAUGUUAUAUAUUCCCCAACAAACUUUGGCAGGGUAGUGGUAAAUACCUCUAUUUUACACUUAGGUUAUACUUAUACUAGACAUGCAGAGGGGGGUUGUUUCUUUGUUUUUGCAUAUAACUGUAAAUAACCUACUUUGCGAUCAGUAGGUAUGCCAUGUUAUAUACAUACAGUAUGAAGUGUUUGGAUAGACAUGCAGUAGCCUAUAACUUUGCUUUUUUCUGAUGUUUUAUUAUACAUAGUAGCCUAUAUUUUAGCUUUCCAAGUGCCAUGUUUUCUGCCUGGUGUUUUGUCUGGAGUUUUAUUUGCGAAGGCCAAGGCUUUUCUAGGUUUAAUGCUAAUUUGAAGCAUUGAAGUCCACAUGCAGGCUAGGCAAGGGAUAGAGGCGUUUGAUUCCCUUGAAUUUGAGAUCAGAGUUUCAAGGGUAAAAGCUUCUAGGCAUGCUGGGCAUAGCGCCAUCUGGCUUAGCUGUUAGGAUCUGCCAAUAUGGCCUUCGUUUGUCUCCCAUUCUUUUAGAGCCCUUGAGCAUAGCCUGGUUCUAGAACACAGCAGUUUUAGAUUCAAUAAUGGAACAGUAUGGAGAAACCAAAGAGAAUUAAUAAUAAUGCUGACAUAUUAAAUACAUUCAGCUCCAUUGUGAAGGGAACAGCAAUCAACAGCAGCAGAACUAUGCAAUGGGUAUGGGCCUUGUAUCAUAUGUAUAUAGUGCUUUGAUACUGAAGAUGAUUUUUGUUGGGGAAAAAGGAGUAACUGUUUCUAGGUACUGUAUGCUGUCACAGACCCAAUGGGCUCUUGUCUAUGAACCUGACCAUGUGUGAUGUGCAGAUUAAAGGGUGUUCUGAAAGCUUUUGCUUUAAAAAAGGAAUCAAA